AUGUCUUCAUCUCUGUCAUCUUCAGAUGACUUACAAGACCAUAUAAUCUUAAACACUAUCACCCCUGCAACUGCAACAACUGCUAUUGUCGAUGCUCCUAACGCAGCUGAUACCCCUGUGUCAACACCACAAUUUCGAUACAACACAUUACCCUAUCAAUUCCACCAAUUUUUUUAUGACCAAACACCAGAAUCACUUGGCAUUCAACUUGAAGACCUUGAGUUACCAACUAUGGAAGGAAGACUUCAAGUUCAUGCGGUUAUGAACAUGAUAAAUUUCAUUGGUGAUAUCAAACUGAAUUUACUUGAAUGUAUGGGGAUGAUUAAAUCAAUUUUGGAUUGCAAAACAGAAGCACAAAUGUUCGAUAUUAGACUUCAAUUGAGUGAGGCUGUUGUUAGGAAAGAAGUGUAUGCCGAGGUUAUUGGCUUAUUCGAUUACAUUGUUUGUACAAACUUUGACGAAGAGGACAUGUCAAACCUGUGGUACUGCAAUGAGUUUGAUGAUGUUGAAGAGUGUGAACGCAAUCAAUUACAGGAUAUUAAAGUGUUGGUUUCGAAUGAUCUGCUGACCUUGAAGAGUUUGGCACAUGAUUUGGUUAUGGUAGUGAGACGUGCAGAUACUUCUGUUGGUGUUAGUGAGAAUGCAGCGGAAGCGAUGAGUGUGGCUCCUGUGAUGGUCGACGACAUAGAAAGCGGAGGGCGUGCAAAAUUAGAGAAUGAGCCUAUGAAUCAAGUUUGUCGGAAGAUUGUUGAACUUGAUUCCAAUCAAGAUGACAAAGCCUAUCCUGUUAAACAAAAUGAUGAUACUGAAGAUGCGAAAACAGGGAUAGAAGUUUUUGAAGCAUUCAUUGAAAAUUAUUUUAGAGAAACCGGCCACGAGAAUGAUGGUGCUACAGAGAUAGUGGGGGAAUUGGUGGGAAAACUUGAAAAUGCGGUUGAUAACGAUUUGGGUAGGUUUGUGGAGAAUGUAGCCGACUCGACUGUAAUUAAGGCUGAUGAUAAAGUUAACGUGGCUGCCAAGGAAGACGGAGAUGUGGGAUGUUUUGCUGAAGUCAUUGCUCAAGAAAUUAUGGAUGAAAUAGUUGAGCAAGUUGUCAAUAAAAUAGAAGAGGGGCCCAUAGAAAAGAUUGCUAGAGAUACAGUGGAGCAAAAGAUUGACAUGGUUGUUCUGGUGGAAAACAAUGAGAAGUCUGGAAUUACGGAUCAGAGCAAAAUCAAUGAUGUUGAGCAAAUCAAGGAAAUCAUUAAGAAUGUGUCUGAUGAGACUGUUGCAAAAGUAGUUGAAGGUGCUGCUAAAAACCUUGCUGUGGCCAUCGUGGAAGGUGUGGUUGACAAACUUGCUAAGGAUGUUGAUGAAGGUGCAGAUUACCCCAUUCCCGAUACUCUAGGUGAGAAUGGCAAACAGGUUGAAGUCAUGGCUGAAAAAGCCACACACAAAGAGCAUAAAUCAUUCAGUGGUGUCACAGAUUAG